AAAUUGACCAUGAAAACGAGCAAACUUGUUAAGGCAGACCAAUUAGCAGCAAACAUGAUGGAGCGUCUUCCUCAGGAGGUCGUCCUCCAUAUACUAUCCAGGCUUCCCCUAACAUCUUUGCUGCAAUCAAAAUUGGUUUGCCAAGCCUGGCGAAGCCUAAUACAAGAUCCACUUCUUAUUAGUAAGCAUUUCAUGCAUAUGGCUAAGGCUGACAAUGAUCCGAGCUUCAUCUUACAAAGCAAUUGGCCUAUCCCGGACCAGCUCCACUUUAUAGAUUUCGCUGCUCAUAGCGAAGGGAAGUUGGUCUCAAAGAAGCUUCCAAAUUCCGCUAUGCUUAUGUGUUUGGUAGAUUCAUGCAAUGGCUUGCUUUGCAUGCAUAAUACUUCACGAAGCCUUUACAUUUGCAACCCGUUUACCCAGAUUUUCAUUGAGCUCCCAGAAUUGAUUAAGUAUCGAGCACAAGUGGGACAUUUGGGUUUCGGUUUUCAUCCAACCUCGAAAGAAUACAAGGUGAUCCAGAUAGUAUUUCGAAGACAGUUGCAAAGAGGUAACUCGUAUGUAGCUACACCUACUUUAAUUCAAUCUGAGGUUCAGAUUCUGACUAUUGGAAGCCCUGCUUGGAGAAAUUUAGGAAUGAUACCUUACCGUUUUAUUUGGCCGACAUUAAAGGUUAUGGUAAACGGGAGACUUCAUUGGCUUUCUAAGCCUAACAAGUAUACGACGGCUAGCUUGCUCGUAUCGUUUGACCUCGCAACUGAGCAAUUCCAGGAGGUACCUGAGCCUGAUUGUUGUGGCUUAGACAGGUGUUUUCAUCAUCUGAUGGUUCUACGAGGUUGCCUCUCAGCUGUUGCGUACCAUGAUAAUGAACAAUUGGAUAUUUGGGUUAUGAAAGAAUAUGGUACGAAGGAGUCUUGGGUCAAACAAUUCAACAUUGGGACCUACUUGCCCCGAACAUUGAAGCAAGAAGACAUCUUGGCCUUCAAUUAUUCAAAGCGUCAUUUCCCUAAGUCAUUUGUUCUAGUUCUAUGCAUCUUAAAAAGUGGUGAGAUCUUAUUGGAGUACAAAAGCAGAGCACUCGUUGUUUAUGAUUCACAGCAUGGAACGUUCAAGGAGCUAACCUUUCCAGAAAUGCCAAAUUGGUUCCAAAUAAUUGUACAUGUCGGUAGCCUCAACUGGCUUGACAUGCCUCCUGCUAAUUUCUAA